GCACAAAAAUCAAUUCAACUCAAACCGUCUAUUGUACCAACGUACCAAGUUUAAAACUUUACCAUUGUCGUCUUUGCUAAAGUCAACACGAGCUUACAUUGCAUUUGUUAACUAUAUAGAUAGUUAACAGUCUAAGACCUCAGAACGAUUAUUUGUUGUUGAAAACAGAAAGAUUGAGAAAAAGAGAGAGUUUUGAUCCGUUAUUGGUUCAAAACAUAGAUCUAGAGUUUGAUCAGUAGCAGAUCAAAUUUGCAAACUUUAGCUUGUCGUCGACUCGGGUGACGCAAAGUGGACCGACGACUUCCUACUCAAAUCCUACUGUUAGAAUCAAUCCUCUAAAAUAGAAGAAAGACAUUAUAAACAGAAGGAAGCGGUUUAAACAUCAUAUCUGGAGUUCAUUCAUGAUAGCAAACGAGUUUUCAAUAACCAAGUUCUUGUUAUAACUUAUUAACUAGAGAUAACUCGUGAGUGGCGAGUGAAAGCGUGAGCCGAGAUGGCGGACUUGAAGUUGACGAUACAGGUGGCCAAGGCGACCAAUUUGCCCAAUGUGGAAAAAAAGAGAGACUCCUCCGAUCCAUACGUCAAACUCACUUUCAAAUCUGGUCGUUCGACAUCCAAAUCUGUGAAGAGUGAACACAUUGACAGCAACAACAACCCAGAAUGGAACGAGUCGCACGAGAUAGAGCUAGGAGCUGCUCUGUUGGCGGGAGAUGUGUUGGAGGCCGUAAUCAAGGACUACGAGAGACUAGGAUCCGACAGGACGAUGGCCCAGUGCAAGAUCUCUUUGAAAGACUGUCUGUCCAACCCGAAUGUGGAGAUCAAACAAGCCCUGAUGGAUGCGAGCAACAAGAAGCUAGACAACUCCUUUCUCUUCCUCAAUCUAGCCUAUUCGGGGGCUAAGAAAAAAAGUGGCGGUGGUGGGGGAGGCGGAGCAUCUGCUGGGGGAGCAGCGGGCGCUGAUGGCGGUGAAGGACAAGCAGAUGCCGAAGCAGCGGAAGAAGCGGGAGUGGCUGGUGAUUUUGAGGAGCCGGUGGCGGUAGUGGAUGCAGCCAGUGGGGAUGCUGGGGCCAUGCCAGACGAGGGUCCUCCGAGGACUGUCAAGACCAAGGAGUCCCUGAGAGGCACAUUGCCCAAGAAAGCAAUCGACUACCAGGUGAGGAUCAAGAUCUGGGAGGCUAGACAGUUGAAGGGAGGGGGUCUGAAGCCAGUGGUGAAGAUGAAGAUCGGCAGCCAGACUAAGUCUUCAAAGGUCAAGUCAUCCGACAGUCCCUUCUGGGGAGAGAUAUUCUUCUUCAACUUCAACAUGAUCCCAGUUGAGCUGUUCGACGAAGUGAUCGAAUUCCAAGUGUGCACCUCACAGAGACUGAGAAGCGACGCUCUGAUUGGUUCAUUCAAGAUAGACGUAGGCACAGUAUGGGACGAGGACAGACAUAGUGUACAAAGCAAGUGGCUCAUGCUCACAGAUCCCAACAGCGACUCAGGAGAACUUAUGGGAUACCUCAAGGUAUCCGCGAUGGUGUUGGGAGCUGGAGAUGAAGCUCCUCCGGACAACCAAUUGGAGGAGGGAGACGACGACGUGGAGUCCAAUUUGCUGAGACCAGCAGGAGUCCAGCUCAGACCCGCAACCUUCUGGAUUAGACUGUUCCACGGAGAAGAUGUGCCUCAAAUGGACACUGGUUCCUUCACGGCCAUCAAGUCCUUCUUCUCCGGGGGAGACAAGGAGGAGGACAUGAAGAAACAGGUGGACCCCUUCAUCAUCGCCAAGUUUGCCGGCAAGAGAGUGAAGAGUAGUGUCAAGUACACGAGCAAUGAGCCCAUAUUCAACGAACAACUCCAGCUCAAGUUCAACUUCCCCUCCAUGUGCAAGAAACUCAAGCUAGACCUCAGAGAUUGGGACCAAAUGAGUGGCGAUGAUCCGAUUGCGAUGUGUGAGGUGCUUCUGGAUGCGAUCAGCGUGACGGGCGAGCAGGGGUUCCUGCCGACGUUCGGACCCUGCUGGCUCAACUUCUACGGGGCUCCGAGGGAGGAGGGCAAAGAGGCCACUGGAGGCGAGAACGAAAGCCUCAACGUCGGAAAGGGCGAGGGUUGUGCAUACAGAGGUCGCUUCAUGCUUGAGAUGGGGGCUAUUCUGGACAAAAAGCCCGAAGCUGCAGUGAUGCCAAUCCCAGAAGAAAGCAUUCUGGCACUCGGAAAGUUUCUGAAGACGAGGAAGUGGCGUCUAUUCGCCAUGUUCGAGGAGGCCAAUCUCAUCAUGAAUGACCUUGACGAGGCCAUACACUUCGAGGUGUCUGUCGGCAACUUCGGCAACUCCAUGGAUCCCGACUCGUCUCCCAUGCCCAGCACCACCAGCAGCUGCCAGAGUGUGUUCGAUGGGCAGUUCUACAGCUAUGUGCCAUUUGGGGAGAACAAGCCCAUAGUGAGUGUGGACUGUGACUUCGAAGACAUCUCCUUCCGACUGGCCAUACUCAACAUGCUGGAGAAGACAAGAGACACUGUCGGUGAGCAGUUGACAACUCUGAGACGGACCCACGAGGAGCACCAGUUGAUGAAUGAGGAGGAUCAUCAGACACAUCUGCAUGAAGUUGCCCUGGUGGCCAUCAGAGUGUUGGACCACCUGAAGAACAACCUACCGAGAGUCAUUGCUACCAUCGAAAGCAUGAGUGCGCAGGGCAACACUUUGGACAAGAAUCUGAACAAGUUCCGAGUGAGUCAGCUGACGAGUAUGGUGGCGAGGGCACAGCACGAGUACGAGAGUGCCACUGAGGUCACUGCUGUAGUGGACCUGCUCCAGGAGUUCAUGGACAUGAUGAACAGACUCUGUCUGGAGACGCAGAUCAGUAUCCCGGACAUCAUCGUGUGGUUGAUGGAGGACACCAAGAGGAUAGCUUACAUCAGAAUACCCGUGCAGGAGGUGUAUUACAACAAGGCAGAGGAGUUCGUGGGCAGAUACUGCAUGCUACCACAGAACCUCAUCCUCAAGUACCCUGGUAAGAAGCAGCAGAAAGAGUGCCGUGCCCCCUGUCAGCUGAGACUGAAGUUAUGGUUUGGACUGCAAGUGGACGAAGGUGCAUUCUCCAAGUCAGCGACAGAAGCCACUCUGACCACUGUCGCUGAGACUCAUGAAUAUGAGAACUAUCGUCUCAUGUGGAAGAAAGACAGUCCCAAUUUCGGCUCCAAGGACGGUCGGAUCGAAAUGCCCAAGGACAAAUUUCAACCCCCCGAUGGGUGGGAGUUUGAUGGGGACUGGUUCAUCAGUCGAGACAAGAGUUGCGAAGUAGAUGAGGACGAAGGUCUGGACUACUAUGUGGAGGAUGUGUUUGAGAGCCAGGGCAGGUACCCCGGAUUAUCCUGGCAGAACACGCCGGACAAGAUUAAAUGGGUCACUAUGCAAAGUCAGGAAUCUACUCCCCGUGAUGAGAUCAUCCCCCCUCCUGGAUGGGCGUGGGAGGACGAGAACGACGGGUGGGAGGUGGACAUGGACAGGGCAGUGGACGAGGAGGGAUUCGAGUACUGUGUCGACAUCGACCUCGGUGGCUGGCAGGCGAGUGAGAAGCCGUUCCACGUGUGGCGUCGCAGAAGGUGGGCCAGACCCCGGGUCAAGUUGCCGGAGGGAGAGAUAGCCGAACUCAGAGCCGCCCCUGGAGUCAAGGAGGAGGACGAGGGGUGGGAGUAUGGCAAGACAUAUGGCAGUAAGUUCCAUAAAGUGGAGCAGAAGAUGGAUCUGAAGAGACGCAGGAGGUGGCAGAGGAAGCUGAGGAGGGUCAACCCCAAGGCACCCCCUCUCUUCUUCUUCGAGUUCAAGAAAAAAGACGAGAUAAUCAAAGUGGCUCCUAGAACAUUCGCUUCAUUCCCACAGGCUCACAAGUAUGAGAUGCGGGCAUACAUCUACCAAGCACGUGACCUUCUGUCCUCUGACGACGACGGAUACUCGGACCCCUUCUGUCGGGUGGUAAUUGGAAACAGAAGUCAAAAGACCACGACUCAGAAACUGACUGUGAACCCCACUUGGAACCAGACGCUGCUCUUCAAGAACCUCGAGUUCUAUGAUUCACCUGAGCAUCUAGCCGAACAUCCUCCGCCCGUGGUGGUCGAGAUAUUCGACUGGGACAGCAUCGGUAGCGAUGACUUCCUGGGACGUGUGACUAUCACGCCAACAGUUAAGAUCCAGCCCACCCAGGGCAAAAAGGCGGAGCUAGACUGGCACCCAGUGACUAGUUUCGGAGAGUCAGCGGGAGAGAUCCUGUGUGCGUUUGAACUGCUUCUGGCUGAUCCUGGAGUUGAUUUGCCAUUUGAACCCACUAGGUCGGACACGGAUAAGAAGAACUUCAUUGUUCCACAGGGCAUUGCACCUGUGCAGCAGAGAACUGCAAUUGAGGUACUGUGUUGGGGUGUGCGCAAUCUGCAGUUGUACCAGCUGAUGACAGUGGACAAACCGGAGAUGGAGUUCGAGAUCGGAAACUUCCGCAAGAAGUCGACCGGUGUCAUCAACAUCAAGCAGUGCCCCAAUUUCAAGAACCCAGUUCUGUUCUACGAGAUGAUGUUGCCCCUAGAAGAGAAGUACACGCCGCCUAUGAACAUCAAAGUGAGAGACAAAAGACAGUUCGGCAGGACUCCCAUCGUCGGCAACCACCGCAUCAAGUCCUUGGGAUCUUAUCGAAUCAAACCUCUGAUGUUGACUAGGCCAUCGCAAGAUGACGAUAACGACGAUAUCCCAUUCUAUGUUGAUGAAGAAGAAGUGACUGAAGCUGAUGUGAUACUUCCCCCUCUGAAGAUGGGAGAAAAACGAUCCAUUUUAAGAGCUCCUUCAGGCGCAAAGAAAAAGACUAAUUUGGCGGUUGUUGCUGGAGCUGAGAAGCCGGCGCCUCCGUCACGCAAGACCUCCAAGGGGUCCCGAAGCGAGGGAGCGGGAGACUCCAGAGGCGCUUCGAAGACCGGAUCCACUUCUGAUGUGCGGAUCGCAGUGGAAGAUGGGGAGAACAAUACACAAUCGCUGCUCGGAGGUUUCGGCCAGGGCAUGUCCAACUUGACUGGGACACUUACACGCGGGGUAGGAGCGUACACGAAUGCAGCCUACGACCGGAGCCUCAGUCCUGCGCUUGGUUGCAAAUUGCCAAAAAUGGAUUCAUCUAAUUUGCCAUCUAAAAAUGAAAAAUCCAAAAUAGAUAUUUCACCGCCGGUGACUAAUACUUCAACUGACAAGCGUGAACACUCGAGAGAAUCCUCUCGAAAUGUCACUCCGGAGAAAGAGGGGGCGGGUAUUAAAGAUAAGCCCCCCUCUGCUUCAUCGCCAUCUGUCACGUUCUCAAACAGGGCGGGGAAAUUCCUCGACAAUUGUAACCCGUUCAUGGGCGGAGGAUCUCGACCCGAGUUGCCACAAGCGAAAGUGAUGAAGGACGACACUCUGGACUGGUGGACCAAGUACUACGCCUCCCAUCACUCCGACCCCAAGAUGCUGGAGAAGGCCGAGGACUACCUCAAUGCGGGCGGAGACACCCUACAGCUGCUGGACUGUGAGCUGGACGAGGUGCCUGGCCUGGAUAGUCUGCAGGACUUCCUGCGCACCUUCACUCUGGACCAAGGCAAGAAGGCCACAGACGAAGACGGAGACUACAUGGGCGAGUUCAAGGGUGCUCUGGUGGUGUACCCCCUGCCCUCGGACAGAAGUGCCCCCCAGCCGAAGAGGUACUUCAGUCAAGUGCCAACCGGGGAUCCGAAGGAAGUAGUGAUCAGAAUCUACAUAAUCAAGGCCACCGGACUCCAGCCAAUGGACGACAACGGAAAGGCUGACCCCUACAUCUAUAUUGAGUGUGGCAAACAGGAAGUGAAUGACGUGGAGAAUUAUUCGCCCAAUACUCUCGACCCCAUGUUUGGCAGAAUGUUCGAGAUGACAGUGACGUUGCCGGUGGAGAAGGACUUGAAGGUAGCGAUAUGGGACUGGGAUGCGAUAGGGGCCAAUGACCUGAUAGGGGAGACUGUGAUCGACCUAGAGGACAGAUACUUGUCCAAACACAGGGCACUCUGUGGGAUACCCAAGAGCUACAAAAUCAAAGGACACAAUCUGUGGCGAGACUGUCAGACCCCCAAGGAGAUCCUGGAGUGGUACUGUCUCAGGAACAACAUCACGGAACCCCUGUGGAACUCCACCACAGAAGUAGUAGUCAACAGAUUCCGAUACACACUAGCCACCUUCGAGAAGCAGCCUCCAGAACCAGUGGACGAAUACGGGCCGGAAGACGAGCGACUGGCUCUGCAUGUAUUAAACCAACUGGACCUGGUGAAAGAACACGUGGAGAGGCGGAGUCUCUAUGCGGCCACUCAGCCCAAUCUGGACCAGGGCCAGCUGUACAUGUGGGUGGACAUGUUCCCCAAGGAGCUGGGCGCACCUGCGGAACCAGUUGACAUCACACCUAGAAAAUGCCAGAGGUACUUCUUGCGAGUGGCCGUGUUCAACACAUUCGACACCAUCCUAGACGAGACCACCCUCGUCGGAGACUCGAUGAGUGACAUCUACGUCAAGGGGUGGCUGGAGGGGGCGGAACACGACCGACAGAAGACAGAUGUGCACUACAGGUGUAUGGACGGACACGGCAUGUUCAAUUGGCGAUUCGUGUUCGAGUUCGACUAUGACCCAUCCGAGAGAAAGAUUGUAGUCAAGCGAAAGGAGCAUUUCUGGAGUCUUGACGAAACGGAGACGCACUACCCUGCGAGGCUGAAUCUGCAGAUAUGGGAUAAUGACCUCAUCUCCGCCGACGACUUCCUCGGAUCCAUACAGCUAGACCUAGAGAAGAUGAUUCAGCCGAGUAAGACUAGGAAGGGGUGCACUCUGCAGCAGUUGCAGUUCGACCCCCCUGAGGUGGAGGGGGGCAACAGACCAGUGUCCCUCUUCCUCUACAGGAGACUGAAGGGCAUGUGGCCCAUGAAGAGAGACUUGGGCGAUGGGGAGGGACCCCAACUCACGGGCAAACUGGACAUGGAGAUAGAGUUGUGUGAUGAAAGUGAACACGCCGAAAGGGCCUGUGGGAAGGCGAGAGACGAACCCAACUCAAACCCUACCCUAGAACCACCCAACCGCCCGGCCACCUCCUUCCUCUGGUUCAUGUCCCCCUGGGCCACCUUCAAACACAUCAUCUGGAAACACUACAAGUGGCACAUGAUCAUCACAUUGAUAACUAUCUUCGUCGUCCUCUUCCUAGCCCUCUUCAUUUAUACACUACCUGGAAACAUGCUGAAUGCCAUCAUGAAUGCCAUCAUCUGAUUGGCCAGUUCUCAUCACAUUCGCUCUCUCUUGCCCAAUCAGAAUCAAAUAUGCCAAACAGCACCUCUGACUCAUCAAAUAAGCCCUAUUGGGCUGAAAUCAACCUGUAUCAUUUAAUUGCAAGCCUUCAUGAACUGGCUGUUCAGCUGAUCAACAGACCCCUUAGACGAACAUUUUGGAUUUAUGAAGUGCUCAUUUUACUAUAACUAAAGCUGUAUAUUAUCUAAGAAAUACAAAUACUGAAAAUUUCUAUUUCCAGCCCAACUUUUCCACAUACGUUCUAUGAAAAUAUUCUUGUAAUUCAAUAAAACAAAUUUUAAAUAA